AACAAGUUCUAAUUAUCUUCCUGGUUGGUUACAUACGGAAAGUAAUUUCCACAGUCAAACACAGAGAUAAGAUGUCUUUUUGAGGUCAUGUCAAGCAGUAAACCUUUACCAUGUGGACCUAGUCAAGAAGGAAAAGUAAACACUGAAGCUGACAUCUGGUGUUACAACUGUGAUGAAGGAUUAUGUUCAACAUGUUCUGGUCAUCAUACAAGAUCUAAGGCAACACGUGAUCAUAAAACUAUUGAUAUCAAAAGCUAUAAACCCCCCAUCAGAGCUAUAAAAACAGAAUGUGACAAACAUGGCCAACAGCUUAACUUGUACUGUCCCAGUCAUUUAAUGCCUUGCUGUGAUGAAUGUAUUUCCACAAAUCAUUCAAAAUGUACUGGAAUAAAAUUUUUAGCAGCUGUUGUGGAGAAAACAAAAAUUGAAAAAUCCAAAGAAUCUGUAGAGAAAGAAAUCUACUCCAUCUUACAUGUAUUGGAUAAAAUGGUAAAUAAUAAAUCAAUAAACAUUCAAACUGGAAAACAACAAUGUGAAAACAUAAAGAAAUCAUUCCACAAAAUUAGGGAGAAAAUCAAUAAACAUUUAUAUCACCUUGAGAAAAAGUUAUGUCAAGAAACAGACAACCUUUGGGAUCAGGAAACAUUAACAGCUAGAGAUUUUAUAACUGAAAUUGAAAAGAAAAAGACAAACGUACAGAAACUGCAAGAGCAUUUACUUAGUGUUACAACACAAAGUUCAAAACUACAAUCAUUUCUAGGUGUACAUCAGAUCGAACAACAAAUACAUCAAUGUCAACAAUAUGUCGAAGAUCUAGAAAAUGAUGACCGGGCUAAAGAAUUUUGUAUCAAAAUGACCCAAAAAAAUGAGAUAAAAAACAUACUACAGCAGUUAGGAUCAUUAGAAUCCAUAGGAGAAGUAACGGUUGUUAAAACAGAAACAGGCUUGAAUAGAGAAAGCAGUGUGAGGAGGAAAGCACAAGUAGAAUCACAAUCCAACAUAAACAACAUGACAAUGAGUAUAGAGACAAAGAUAAAGAUCAACACAGAGAAGGGUAUAAGUGACAUGAUUUGUCUGAUGGAUGGAAGAGUUAUAGUAGUGGAAGAAGAUGGUAAAGUUAACCUAUUUACUUCUGAUGGUAAACUACAGAAACAGUUACCUAUACCUGGUGGAGCCUGGAGUGUUACACAGAUCAAUCAGAACACUAUAGCUAUAACUUAUCCUAGAGAGACAGCCAUUAAGAUCUUCAAUAUGGAGAAUGAAACAGUUACCAAAGUUAUCAAUUUAGACAAACAUUGCUAUGGUUUAUCAUUCUCCAAUAAUUCUCUGGCUGUAGGUUUAAAUAAUGAUGAAAUCCGUAUUAUAGACUUGGAAGGCAAUACACUGAAGUCAAUACAAGUUGAGAGUGAAUCAUCCCUGUUUAACCUUGUUUACUGUAAUGACAGAGUAAUCUAUAGUGACUAUCUUGGUAAUGCAGUAUACUGUUAUGAUGAAUCAGGUAAAAAGAUCUGGCAAUAUACACAGGAUUUAUCAGGACCAAGAGGACUUUGUAUAGAUACUUAUGGUAACAUUAUUGUAGCAGACUAUGACUCAGAUAGAAUAAUAGUAAUAUCAAAAGAUGGACAGAAUAGUAAAGUACUGAUUGGUAAAGAGGGUGGACUGGAGGCUCCUCAGUGUAUUUGUUUUAAACAUAAUGAGUCUUCAGGUUUUAUUUGUGAUUUCUAUGGCACAUACUUGGCAACAUUCAAUUUAGUUGUUAGAUAAAAUAUAGGAAUCGUACAAUAUUUCUUUUCUCUGAAUCUUAACAACCAACUAUAUCUAUACAUUAAAUAAUACAAUUUAAGAAAUCACCCAAUAAACUGAACAAUAUAUCAGACAAUGUCAACCAUCAACACCCUGAAAAAAUACUAAUAUCAAAAUAAAGAUAUAAACAGUAAACAUCAUACUGUCCAGAUAGCCUCAGUUGAUAAAGAGUACAAAAUGUGUAAAGCAUCAUCUAUGUUGUGAUCAAGCAAAUUGUAUAGCUAGUCUGACAUUUUUUCUAACUAUAAUUCUUCCAACAUUUUUUUUUUGCUCUUAUCUUGUCCAUAAUGUUUCUGUAAAAAUGAUAUUAUAUUGCCCAAAGCUGUAGAAUUUGCAAUAUUGAUGCAAAUAUUUAUUUACAUGUUUCAAUUUUAGACACUGUCAAAUUUGUUAACAUUUUCUUUAAAAUAAAAGUUUACAAUUAACAUGAUUAAAUGAUUUUUACAAGAAUAAUCAUGAUAAUAAGUACUGAUAACUUGUCAUUUACCUAGGACUUGAUUAUUGACCUGAAUCAGAUGAUAUCGACACUGAUUCAAAUAACAAGUGAAAUAAUAUCUGAUUGCAUAUUUUAUCCAUAUAUAUUAAAUUGAGAAUGGAAAUGGGGAAUGUGUCAAAGAGACAACAACCCGACCAUAGAGAAGACAACAGCAGAAGGUCAUCAACAGGUCUUCAAUGCAGCGAGAAAUUCCCGCACCCUGAGGCUUCCUUCAGCUGGCCCCUAAACAAAUAUAUAUACUAGUUCAGUGAUAAUGAACGCCAUACUAAACUCUAAAUUGUACACAAGAAACUAAAAUUAAAAAUAAUAAAAGACUAACAACAUGAACAAAGGCCAUAGACUUGGGACAGGCGCAAAAAUGUGAGGGGGUUAAACAUGUUCAUGAGAUCUCAACCCUCCCCCUAUACCUCUAGCCAAUGCAGAAAAGUAAACGCAUAACAAUACGCACUUUAAAAUUCAGUUCAAGAGAAAUCCGAGUCUAGAUAUGUUUUUCAUUUUUGUCUCUUUUAUUUUUAAAACCCAUUUGAUUAAUCAUUCAGCUUUCACAAAAAAUUAACAGAAUAUUUAAUGUAGUGUAGAUUAAUACAUUUAUAGGUUUACUAUUAAGGUCAAGAAUUUGUGUGUUCAGUUAGGUUUGUAAUAAAUUGUGUCUAUUAAUCAUGCAACAGGUCAUGAGAUAUUAACUGCGGUGAAUUUAAAAUGAAGUGAGAAUCAUAUGACAGAUGAUAACCAUACUGACUCUUAGAGAAAAGUAUUGUAGUAAUACCAUUUCAAACAAGAAUGUGUCCACAGUACAAGGAUGACCCACCUGCACGAUUGUUUUAUGUUUAGUGGACCAUAAAAUGGAGGUCAAACCCAUUUUUUGGAAUUAAAACUAGGAAGAUCACAUCAUGUGGACAUGUGUACUUCUUGUUUUAUUUUGUAAUUGUGUGUACAUAUUUAAUGAGUUUUAAAUCGUGUAAUGCAUAACUAUGCCUUUUUAUAAAAAACAUUUUCCUUCAGUAUAACUGUUAUAGCUUUUAUUUGUAUAUACAGUGUCUCGUUAGUCUUUAUAGGCUUGGUAUUAAUUCUUUUUUUAUGAUAUUGUUAUGUAAUUUUAUUGUAGAUCAAUAUGUGACACUUUAAUAAUAAACUAUUAUUUAUCAUUAUCAUUGUGUACUACGUUUCAAGUUGAUUUGACUUCACCAUUAGCAAAAACAACUUUAACAUAAAGAGGGACAGACAGAUGACAGACAGACGAAUGAAUGCACAGACCAAAAAACAUUAUGCUCAUAAAAAAGUUGGGAAUCAAAUUUGAUACAUCAUUUACAUCUUGACCUAAAUUUUAUUCAAUGACUUACACAAGCAUAGAUACUAAUAAAAUACUUUCAAUAUUAUUAUCUACUAAAUACAUUUUUUAAAAAGUCCUAUUUUUAAUAUGUAACGGUAUUUCUAUAUUUAAAUGAGAUAGGGAAAUACCCAUGGAAUUUCUUUCUGCACAGACAAUGUCAACAGUCAGUAUAUUAGGAGGAUUUGAGGUGUGUUAAGACUAAUGCAACACUGGUUACAAGAUAGUAAUGACUAGGUUAGUUUGGUAUACUAUUACCCAGCCUCAAACCUCUUACCCAUAUAAUAUGUAACUUCAUCAUUUCUU